AUUGUAAAUCUACUUUAUGUUGGCACUCGGUUUGCUGCAGCAGAACCUCUAGUUCUGGAUGAAGGCUGGAUUAAAACUGGUCAACAACUACCCCCUUGGCUACGGGGCCACGGAAAUUAUCUAUCCUGAGGGCUACUGCGUAGCCCUAACAAUGACCGGUGGUGGGAGGGAGUGAAUGGAAGGUGAGAGUGGAAGAUGAGUGCGGGGCAGAAGGACAGUUGGUGGUGGGCUCAGUGACUUUCUCACCGUGGGGAUGGCGCAGGGAGGCCCUCAGCUGGACUAUCAGAUUCUGCACGACCUGAAGCAGCGCUUCCCCGAGAUCCCCGAGGGAGUGGUGUCUCAGUACCUGCUGCAGAAUAACAACAACCUGGACGUGUGCUGCCACCUGCUGGCGCAGGAGAGUAACCGCUACCUGUAUGAGGAGUACCACAGCUCGGAGGAGGGCCGGCUGAGCCGCAACCACAUGCUGCACAUCAACCUGGGCAGCCUGGGCUACCCGCUGUCGGAGGGGGGCAAGGCCAACGGGGUGGGGCGCACGCUGGUGCACAGCUCCAGCGACGGACACCUGGAGCCCCAGAGGGGCGGGGCGGGCGGCGCCAAGCAGCCGCAGAUGGUGUUCCCGGAGCCCCACUCUGCGCCCGCCACCAUGGCCCCCUCGCCCGGGUACAACCCCUUCUUCAUCAACGAGCAGGGCCGGUCGGCCGGCACCCCGCCCCCGCACCCCGCGCCCACCUACUGCCCGGUGCCUCGCUACGCCAUGAACCCCAUCACCGUCACGCUGUCCCAGAACAUCCCGGCCGCCCCCCAGGCGCUGCAGAUCCCCGGCUGCGCCUUCGGCAGCGGGGGGAACACGCUGUACAUCCGGCCGGGCCCCUCCCAGAGCCCGCAGCCCUCGCCCUGGCCCUCGCCGGUGCUGCCCGUGUACCAGCCCUCCCCCUACCCCGGCGCCUACCCCUCCAAGCAGAUGGCGCCGACGGUGUACCACUCGCCGCCCCCCGCGCAGUUCCCCUCGCCCUACAGCUCGCCGCAGCACCAGAUCCAGCAGACGUCCCACGUGCUGCUGCCCAUCAGCCCGCCCACCUACCAGCACCAGCAGCAGCAGCAGCAGCCCGUCGCCUAUCUGCCUUACCUGAAGAACCAGAUGGAGAUCCCCCUGGAGGGGCCCCAGAGGGCCCCGCCCCCCCGGCCCCGCAGCAGCUCCCCCGCGCCCGGCCAGCAGGGGGCGCAGCGGGGGCAGAGCUCCCUCUACAUCUCCACCAGCCCCUCCCCCGGCUCGCCGUCCCGCGGGAUCAGCCUGGCCGGGCCCGCGGGGACCUCCUUCCACCCGGGCAUGUACAUCCACCAAAGCCCCGGCCGGCCCCACCCCGCCUCCUCCCCCCAGCCCGCCAACCCCGCCUACACCUUCAAGAUCAAGGUGUCGCCGGGGCGGGCCCAGCGCCCCUCGGAGUCGCCCACCGUGGAGACCGAGUCGCUGCUCAACAUGGUGGACCAGGCGGACCACCCCGCUGCUCCCGCCCCCAUCCUGCCCAUCUCUCUGUUGCCUGGCAACAUCGCCAGCCAGAUUAACCACAUGCCCCGCCGGUCCAGCUCUGGCUCUGACGACUACGCCUACACUCAGGCGCUGCUGCUGCACCAGCGGGCCAGAAUGGAGCGUCUGGUGAAAGAGCUGCUCCUGGAGAGACAGAAGCUGGAGCAGCUGAAGAGCGACGUCAACGACAUGGAGUAUGACCUCCUGCAGAGACGCUUCCACAGAGUCAACAGCUCCAGCCUCAUCCCCAGGCCCGAGGAUAUGACUCGUUUGCGCAGUCUGAACCGACAGCUGCAGAUUGACAUAGACUGCACCUUGAAGGAGACAGACCUGCUUCAGUCCAGAGGCAAGUUUGACCCGAAAGCGAUGAAUAACUUCUAUGACAACAUUCAGCCAGGACCGGUGGUCCCACCCAAACCUGUGAGAAAGGACGGAGGGGGCAGCUCCAAGGCUGCGGGGAGGCCUGCUCCGCGGGACGAGGAUUUUGAAGGGGUGCAGUGGAACUGCGAGAGCUGCACCUUCCUCAACCACCCUGCACUGAACCGGUGUGAGCAGUGUGAGAUGCCCCGCUACACCUGAGCCACGCCCCCUGUGUCUGAGCCACGCCCCCUGCGUCUAAGCCACGCCCCCUGCCUCUGAGCCACGUCCCCUCAUGCCUGAGCCACGCCUUCUCGCACCCGACCCAUGGCUCAUUGUCAGAACCAUGCCCCCUUAUCCCCUAGCCACGCCCUCUACACCUGACCCGCCCCCCCGCCCCCUCAACGGCUGAGCCUCGCCCACUACACCUGAGCCACGGCCCGUAUGAGGAAGACUACCUCCUACCCCCCCCGCUGCGCAUACACCCAGCACCUGACCCAAAACAUGCAUCCCAACCCCCCCUCCUCCCCCCACUUUCAGAGAGGAGUUGCCUGUGAAGAGAGAGAGA